UGGAUCCCCAUUGAAAGAAUUAUGAAACCAUAUUGGAUGCCGGGAUAUGUAGUCCUUAAGAGAAAAGAACGACGGUAUUUGUAGUUUUAAGGUCCAGUAUUCACUUUGGCAUGCACUUGACUUGAGUUUCGAAGAGACUUUCCCCGUAUGGGUAAUUUGGUAUUACCUUUUGGCAUUUGCGGGUAUACUACCUGGUACCAUGAUGGACCUCUCUGCUCUAGAAACGAUGUGCGUAGGUACUAGUUUAGCAGUGAGCAGCCUCUUCUACUACCUGUACCGUAGGCAGCGUCUGACAGUGACACGGAUCCAGGCCGCUCACAGACUGCAUGCGGACAGUGAUCCUAAGAAGCUGCUGGGGAGCACUAAGGAGCUGCCUUAUGUGGUGUUAGAGGGUACCGUGGAGGCAAUGAGUACCCCACUACAUAGUAAGAACCAACCACAUCUCCAGGCCGUGAUCCAGAGACAGUGUGUGAUCGAGCAUCGGUUGCUGUGGAAUAGUUUUACACAAAACUGGAGUGAGUGUGAGAGAAUGCUUCACGAAAGUGUAAAUUCUGUGCCAUUCCAGCUGUACCUGUUGGGUGGGUCUGAGAACCCAGUUCUUGUCUCUGAUCCCUUAAAUGCUUCUGGGCUCAUUCUGGAGACAGUACAUGAGAAGUUCCAUGCCCCAUCACCAGGAUUUGGAGAGCUAGUGUGGCAUUACAUGAGUGGUGAGAAGCCUACUGGCCUUCUUGAAAAAGAAGAGAUUUUGGCUGUGGGGGCAACACUGACUGGCUUGGGGCGGCUGACACUGGACUCUAAUGGAGUGCUGACUCUUAGCCCUCCACAUGAUGGUUCUGAAUAUUUUCUUUCCCUUGAGGGUUAUGAGGGUAUUCUGGAACAGCAGAAGAAUGUAGCAACUUUCUGGAAGGGUGCUGCUCUUGUCUGUGGGGCUGUGGGAACUGCCUUACUGUGCAUAUUUUUAUAUCGAGCCUACCGCAGAAGGAAAGAGGAGCAGACAGGUGACAGGAGAUUAAUUGAGGAGAAGAGGACUAUAUCACAGGAGGAACAGUCUUCAGAAGAAGGUGGAAGUACCCCUGAGAGAGUGUGUGUUAUCUGCCUUUCUCAACCACGGGAGUGUGUGAUCCUGCCAUGUGGACAUCUGUGUUGUUGCUUCACUUGCUACCAGGCACUGCCUACCUCAUCCUGUCCUAUUUGUAGAUGUCAUAUACAAAGAGUUGUCCCUUUUUACUAAGCUUAAACACAACUGUUGCUUGCUACUCAGCAAAGAUAAAAGGGGCAGAAAACGCCUGGAGAAAGAACAAUGUUUUGGGCUGCAGUAUGUGUUCCCAUACCAAACACACCCUGCAUCUCAAGUCUUGUGCAAUACACUUAUCAGUAAAAUAAACAAUGAAAUGUAGAUUUUGUCAGAGGAUAAGUAACUGGGGUUCCCACUGGUUUGCCUCUUAUAAAUGUGACUUAAUGCAUUCUAAAUUUAGCUGUGCACAUGCCUCAGGCAAACUAAUUGUUUACUGCAUAUGACAUUUUCUGACCUUUCAUAAUUGUGUUUUCUUUUUUUUUUCUUUUUUUUUUUUUUUUUACCAGACUAUGGACUUUUAGAUUAUAUUUUUUACUUGAUAGAUUUCUCCAAAAUGGCAUUUAAAAGACUACCUGGUAAACAACACACCAAUCAUUAUUUUCUCUAAACCUUAGUCAUUUUUUUUUUUUUUAAGAUUUCAGAUUUAGCUUUAAUGCAAUUUUCAAAAAAAUAGUGGUUUUUGUUUUUUUAAAUAGUUAUUUAAAGGGACAGUCUAGUCAAAAUUAAACUUUCAUUAUUCAGAUAGGGCAUACAAUUUAAAAAAAAACUACUUUCUAAUUUUACUUUUAUCAUCACAUUUUCUUUGUUCUCUUGGUAUUUUUUGUUGAAAGCUAAACCUUGGUAGGUUCAUAUGCUAAUUUCUAAGCCCUUGAAGUCCACCUCUUAUCCAAGUGUAUUUUGACAGUUUUUCACAGCGCUAGUUCAUGUGCCAUAUAAAUAACAUUGUGCUCACUCCAGUGGAGUUAUGAGUCAGCACUGACUGGUUGAAGUGCAAGUUUGUCAAAAGAACUGAGAUAAAGGGGCAGUCGGCAGAGGCUGACAUACAAGGUAACCACAAAGGUAAAAAUUAUAUUAAUAAACAAUACAAAUUCUAGAGUAGACUUUCCCUUUUAAGUUAAAAGUGUAAUCUUGUCAGUUUGUAGAAUAAAUCAAACAUAUACUAGUACAAUAGCUAUAUAAUAGUGAAGUUUAGAACAGAAAUUUAAAAUUGCACUUAUGAAAUCCUAUGGAAAUUUUUUUUAAAAACAAAUCUAGCAUUAACACGUUAGAACAGAUAGUGAUUGCUUCCCCAAGCUGCAGAACCAUAUGUACAAAGUAGCAUUCUGACAUUACCAAUGCAGUCUGUUACACCAGGUGCUAACUUUAUAUGUUACUAGUGUAAAAUGUGGUAUUGGGGGAGACCAAAACUAGAGUUUACUGAAUGGUCGCACCCUUUUUUAAAAUUGAUCUCCUCUGCAUAAUUGAUUUUGGAAUAAAAUUAUCCUCAAUUUA